AUGCUAAUUUAUCGACUCCGAAAGGCUGAAGGGCUUGGUUGGCAGUACUACACUACACCACAGGGUGCUGUAAACAAGAAGUGCGCAAGUGCCACAAGGAACUACGUGAGACAAAAUACAUCUAAGCAAUGGAGACCCGUUACCAGCUCUGCUCUGCAGGAGCAAGCGGAUCCGCAGGUUUCAGAGCAUAGCGCAAAGCCCAGGCAUGAGCCAGAGUACGGAGAAAGCGCGGGACAGCACGGCGGUAGCGUAGUGAUCGCUUAG